AUGGAUAGACAAAACAAAAAAAGCUGUUAUCCAAUGGAUGCCAACCCAAUAGGACACUGUCUCAUUAUCAACAAUGUUGAGUUCACUGGAGGUAAUCUAGCUGAGAGGGUUGGGAGCGACCAAGAUGCCACUAAGCUAGAAGAACUGUUCGGCAAUUUUCUUAAUUUUACAGUAGAAUUGAAGAGGAACGUUACAAAAGAACAGUUAGAAUCAACACUAAGACACUAUCAACAGAAGGAUCACUCAGAAUUUUGUACUUUCUUUGUCGUUAUACUGAGUCAUGGAGAUGAAGGAAACAUUGUUUAUGCAUCCGAUGGCCAAGCAAUGAAACUUGACGAUAUUUUUCAAUAUUUUUCUGCCAGCAGCUGCCUCUCGCUUGGUGGGAAACCAAAAGUUUUCAUUGUUCAGGCAUGUCGUGGGAAUCAGCAUAAUAGAGUGGUAUCACUCAAUCGACAAGAUAGUGUUGUCUAUGACGGUGGUCCUUCUACUUCUAGUCAAACUAAAGUACCCAAUGAAGCAGAUACACUUCAUGCAUAUGCUACUAUUAGCAAACUUUUACUGCUGCUAAAAAUUUGA